AUGGCAUCUUUGCAUGCUGGGACUGCCCGCUCUAUUCUAAUUGGAAAGCAAAAGGAUCAAGUACAUGCCCACUCUAAGCUUAUUCACCAUGGCAAGACCUCUUCCAACGGCUCUGAUAUCUCAGAGACGGAGCUCCCCGCCCCUCCGCUCCCAGCCUACAUUGUAGACGAGGCAUCCUCCUCAUCCUCGCAUCCUCCCUCUCUGAGAUCCUCUUGGGGACCAGAGUCGGUUGGAACACCCGAUACCAACACCCCCGCUCCAGCUUCCGUGUCUGGAUCUGCUGCGACAAAACCCCACGAUCUCAUCGUUCCCGGUGCUCGUCUGCCAUUAUCUUUCAGUAACUGCGGGUCUUCCAAUGCCUCUGAAGCUGGUCGCCCUUCGACGCCGUCGGCCGAUAGCGACAUCACUCCUGUCCAGCAGCCUUUUGCUCGUCAGCAUGAUGAUGCUGCUCACGAGUUCAAGAAUAAUGGCGCAGAUGCUGCCAAGCCCAAGGUCGAUGUCUCUGCUGAAGAUGAUGUCGAUCAGGCUGUCCUGAUGAAGCGUGGCAGGAGAAAGGUUACUACCCAGAAAUAUGUUCUUACAGCUGGUCUGAUCGCUGUCAAAUAUUACUACAUCUAUCUGCCCUUCAUCUCGUUUCCUCUCGUCCUCAAUUGCGCCAUGAUUGCCUCGAUCGCCUUUUUCAGCUUAGCCCACUAUAUCCGCCCCGAGAAGCAGAUCAAGCCCGAAACCCCUGAGAACCUCGUCUACGUUAUUCCUUGCUACAACGAAACCUACGAGGAGUGCACUCGAUCUCUCGACUCCCUCGUUAACCAGACUGGUCUUGAGGGACAUAAGAAAGGUAUCAUGGUUAUUUGUGAUGGCCGUGUUCGAGGCCCUGGAAUGUCCAAGACCACUGGUGAUUACCUCAACGAGGAUAUCUUCAAGCACCAAACGCAGAGGAAGAAGAUUCGUGGCGCUUACACUGCAUGGGAUGGCCAACAGAUGGAUAUAGAGAUCAGUAAAGGGUUCUACAAGGGUACCCCUUUCUACUGUAUCGUCAAGGACCAAAACCAGGGCAAGCGUGACAGCCUCAUUGUCAUUCGAUCAUUUCUCUACAAGUUCAAUACCCGCGCUCAGAACCCAGAGUCUAUUUUCUCUCGCGACUUCCUGGAUUCUAUGACCAGCUGGCUUGAGGAUGAGGUCAAGAUGGAAAACGUUGACCACCUUGUCGGUAUGGAUGCCGAUACGGUCUUUGAGGACCAGUGCAUUAGCGAACUUCUCAAGGAGUCUUACUACCCCAACACUGUUGGCGUCUGUGGCUAUGUGGCAGUCGACUACAAGGACAGUAACUGGAACCUCUGGUCCCUGUACCAAUCAGCCGAAUAUACUAUAGCCCAGGGCCUCCGUCGUCUCCAUCAAUCUAUCGCCACUAAGAAGGUCUCUUGUCUACCCGGUUGCUGCCAGCUUCUCAAGAUCUGCGACGAAACUUGUGGCGACCUCGUUCUCGUCGACCUCUUCGGUUACUUCCCUAAGCACAUGGACGGUAUGAUCAAGCGUAUCAGGGCUACUGCUUCAGAGGACCGCAAUCACAUCUGUCAGCUACUUGUCACCUUCCCUCAUGCUCAGACUCGCCAAGCUCUCUUUGCUCGUGCUUAUACAGACGUCCCUCACUCAUGGAACGUUUUCUUGUCUCAGCGCCGUCGCUGGACUCUUGGUGCGACCAGCAACGAUCUGCUUCUCUUCACUGCCUGGAACACUCAGUGGUGGGAGCGUAUUGUCGCCUUCUCCAAUGUCUUGACUUGGUCUUUGAACAUCUUUGUCAUUGCAUCAAUCGGUUGUAUGAUUGUCGCCUUUAUGAGCCAACCUGUGUGGCUCAUUAUGUGUUUCGCUGGUGUCAUGAUUAUUCCUCUGCUUUACUAUAUUAUUAUGGUUACUUGGCUGCCUCGAAACCUUGUCGAACGGGGACAAUUCCUGUUGGGCUUGGCUAUCUUCGUCUUCCUUGGACCCUUCCUCAACAUUGCUGUUAUGAUCUAUGCCGUCACUAACAUGGACAACUUUGGCUGGGGAAAGACAAGAAAGGUAGUCACUGAUGAUUCAGAGGAGACAUCUCAUAAUGAGGGUGUUGUUUCAAGAGAUAACAGUUCGGUUGAGGUUAAAGAGAAGGCCACUGCUGCAGCAGUUUAA